AAACACGCGGUGUGUGUUGUGUUUCUGGUUGUGUUGUUAUUAAACAACUUCCGCUGCCUGUAAUUUUCGUUUGAGACUGAAUUAUCACAAUUCUUGAACCACAUUGUGUUGACAUGUUUCCUCGUAAAUGGACGGGAUCCCCUUUCUUCGUGUGUCGCAGUGUAACGCACAGAAAUUAAGAAAACGCCUUCAGUCCAAAGGAGCUCUGGACUUGAGUUUGUGUUUGGUGAAAGACUCGGAUGAGACUGUCCUUUUGCCCAUUGUACCAUCUUGUGUGUCACAUGUUGAUCUGCAAUCUCUCAGAAGUAUGGUGGCUUCAGACAAUGCCUGUGAAGUCGUUUGGAGUCAGUCUCCUCUGUUGCCUUAUAAGAAUAAGGGAAAGUCAAGUGGUAAUAAACUAGAGCAAAUCCUGCAGGAGCUGUUUGAAUGUCAUGGUGAAAGAUGGUCGGAGGAGCUGAGGGCGGACCUCCCUCGUAGCUUCCAGAGGCAUGGAGACCUGGUCCUGCUGGGAGACAACAGUUUCAACCUGCCACUGUGGAAGAAAAUGGAUCCACAGCUGUGGAGUGCAGUGGCCAAAGGACUGGGGGCUCAGCGCCUAGCCAAGAUUAGUCGAAUAUCCAGUGAUGGAUUUAGGUCUCCCAUGGUGACGAUGCUGUUGGGAGAGCACAGCUGGGUCCAACAUGUCGACAACAGAAUCAGCUACGAGUUUGAUGUAACAAAAUGCAUGUUCUCCGCUGGAAACAUAACAGAGAAGCUCCGAGUAGCAGCAUUUGACUGCAGAGGGCAGACUGUGGUGGAUUUGUAUGCAGGUAUUGGAUACUUCACCCUUCCAUAUCUGGUACACGCGGGGGCCCGUCACGUUCACGCCUGUGAGUGGAACCCUGACGCAGUUGAAGCUUUAAAGAAAAACCUUGUGUCAAACAGGGUGUCUGACCGCUGCACUGUUCACCGAGGAGACAACAGACAACUCCAGCUAAGUGGCGUCGCUGACAGAGUGAAUCUGGGUCUCAUACCGAGCUCUGAGGACGGCUGGCCUGUCGCCUGCAGGCUGCUGAAGAAAUCCACUGGUGGCAUUUUGCACAUUCACCAGAACGUCACCUCGCCAUUCUCGAACACGGCAAACUUUCCGGCAACUGAUGACGCCACCACCCUGAGGAUUCCUGGAAGGACAAGUGACAGAGAGAUUUGGCAGGCUUGGGCCGAUGACACGGCAAACCGCAUCCGCCGUCAUUUAAAGGACAUCAGCGGCACAACAUGGAUAAUGAACAUCCAGCACAUCGAACACGUGAAGUCGUACGCGCCUCAUGUUAACCAUGUAGUGCUGGACUUGGAAUGCAGACCAACUUAAGCUGUGACAGAUACUGAGUGGCAUUAAAUCGGAGACAUUUUAAACUGUGUACAGAAGCUGAACAGUACACCAGCUAGUUUGUGUGAUUAUUUCAUCUGUCAGAUGCCACAAUGUUUUCAUACACCUUUGUUUGUCAUGGGCAGGUUCUCCAAGCUAGGAUGCAGCCUGCCUCACUCCCAUGCUGUCAUAAUCACAUCGAGAACGUGCAAAGCUUUACCACAACCGCAGUCUUGUUUGUCGCUGGACUGCUGCUCUUGGAAAAUGAGCUCCUUAAGCGUCGUGCUCAAGGGGCGCCGUAAUGUUUUGACACUUCAUCUCAACCCAUUGUUAGAUGGACCUCUUUGCAGGAAAAACUAAGUUGAACACUGAAAACUACCAGAGCAUGAGUUAAUCUAUACGAUUCUUAGAUUUGGUAUGUUGGUACUCAACAAGCAAGUUGUAUUAAAUUGAUAUAUAAAUA